AUGGUUGUAUGGGGAGAUUCGUUUUGGAGUGAAGGGAAUCGAGGAUUUGAAGUCUUAUCAAGUAAUGUAAAAAAUGGUGCAGUAGCUAUAGAAGAAUUUCAACGAUUUCUUAACGAAAGUGUGCAAUGUGAAUCUGCCUAUUGUAAAAGUUUAACACGUUUACAAUCACAAUUACUUAAAACGCAAUAUGUUGGUACAUUUACACCGAUAUGGAAUUUGAUAAGAGAACUUAUAGAAAAAAUGACUGCAACACAUAAUAGUACAGUUAAUAUUUAUCAAGAUUUAUUACGUGAUGUUCAUAAUUAUCAAGAAGUAUAUCAAAAAAAAUUUAAAACACAUAUACAAAAAGAUAGUGAUAUUUCACGUUCAACUGAACUUUUCUCACAAUUAAAUAAUGCGUUUAAUACAGUUAAUAAAUCUAAAGAACAAUAUCAUUCCAUUGCCUUAGAUUAUGAUCGAACGAAACGUAGUGGAAAUCAUGCCCUGAAUAAUACAUCAAUGUCAACAUCACAAGAUAAUGCGUCUCAUAGUUUGACACAAUCAGCAAUAAACUCUAUAACAGCAAGACAAAACGAACGUUUAGAAAAAAAAUAUCGACAAGCACAAGAUGAUUAUAAAUCAACGAUUGAGAAAUAUAAUUUACUUAGAAAUGAUUAUGAAAAACGUUUUCAAGAUGCUUGUAAUAAAUUUCAAGGUUUUGAAAUUGAGCAUAUCGAAAAAAUGCUUGCAUAUUCGUUAAAUUAUUCUGAUAUACUUCAACGAAAUGGUGAACAAAUACGAUUAGCACGAAAUGAAUUUAAUGAUAGAUUAAAAUCUUUAACUGGAAGUGAUCUUUUAGAUACAUUUGUUGAACAAAAGAAAACAGGAACAGAACCACCAAGUGCAUUGCAAUUUGAAGAUAUUGAUAGUCUUAAAACGACAGUGCAAUUAACAAGUCCAGAUUUAUCAAAUGGUCAGGAUGAUUUCAAUGCAUUUGAUCAAUUAGAUUCAAAUGUACCUGCAUUUCAAGCUCAUUUUUCUGUUCCACCAGCGACUACAAAAUAUAAUGAUAAUAAUCGUGCACUGACACCGACUCCUACUAGUAAUCAAUCAUUAUCACCAUCUAAUAAUACAACAACAUCUCCUUCAACUAACAUAAAUACAACAGCAGGAAAUAUUAUGACUUCUAAUAAUAUAGGAAAUCGUACGCAAGAAGCAAAUAGUAAUAAUGAUCAAACAUCUAAUCCAUUCAAUGUGAAAAUAAGAAGACCAAAAUUUCCAGGAUUUUUUGGAUCUGGUCGUGGAGAUAAAAAAGAAAAGAAAACUGACAAGAAAUCAUCGGUUAAUCCUAAAUCCCAUAAACCUUUUCAAAAAGCACAUUCACGUGAAGAAUCAACUGGAGAUAAUUCACAACCUUCGAAUUAUGAUUCUAAUGGUUUUAUUGUAAUGACUGAUAAAAAUGAUGAUUCUUCCAAAAAUAGAUAUUCAUCACCAGAAACAUAUGCUCAAUCGAAUAUAACUAAUGAUACAAAUCAUCGACAUACACAAAAUACAGUUCCAUUAGCACGAUUAUCAUCAAGUUCAAGUGAUUGGAGUGAUAAUGAUGAUGUUCCAAUGGUCAAUAUUAAUGUUAAAAUCAAUCCCAAAACAGAAGCUUCAAUUAACGAACAUGAUGAUGCAACAUUAGAGACAGCUAUGAAACGAAUUAAUUUAAAUAUUGGAAAUUUAACAACAAGUUCCAGAAUAUCAAUACAUAAAACUCCAGAAAUAAAUAAAUCAAUGUCCACUGACCAAAUUAGUAAAAACAUAUUUUUCCCACCACCUCUUCCACCACGUCCUGCUACAGCAAUACCAAGUACUCAAACAACAACUAAUAUUGAUACAUCGAAUAUGUUUCCACCACAAGGUGAAUUUGAUCGAUCUCCUUCUAGUACAAUGAACACGAUAUUACCUCAUCAUGAUAUUUUUUAUAUCUCUUCACCAUCAACAACAGAAACCAAAAAUACAACAUCAUUAUCAUCUACUGAUGAUGAUCCAGAAGUGGUUAAUUCAUUCUUAAAUGAUGAAUUAAUCAAUAAAAUAACUCCAUUUCCUGUUUUACAAGUACCUUCUUUACAUCAAUCCAAUCAACAAGCAUCAGUAUCGCCUUCUGUUAGUGAACUAAUGGCUCCAAUAAGUUUAAAUUUUCGAAAUAGUCCAAUAACUUCCAAUGAACAAGGAAUGUCUCCAAUAACGAUUGGUGCUACAGAUCAAAUUCCACUUGCAAUUGCCUUCCAAGAAACAAUUAAUGUUAUGAUGUGUGGAAAUAAUCGAGAAAAUUGGAAAAGUCUAAUUGUUGGUGAAAUGUUAAUUUCAUUUCCUAGUUCAAUGUUAAACUUAUCCAUCGAUUCAUCACGUUUUACAAAUGCAUUGGAAUUUAAAUUAAAAAAUCUUGAAAAAAUCGAAAAUAUUAUUAUAAAAUCUUCAUCAAUCACACAAAAUGAAUCAACUUACUCAUUUAAUAUGACUGAAUUAAAUAAUACUCUUCAUAAUUUACAUGAAAAAACUCCUUCAUCACGUUUUUUUAAUCUUAAUGUGCUUAAUUAUGAAGUAAAAAAUUCUGAUCUAUCACAUAUUCCAAUUGAAAUAUCAUCACAAUGGACACGUACAUUUGAUACAAUAUCAGUCAAAAUUAAUUAUCGUUUUAAUAGUUCACUCUUACCUGAAUCAGUUCGAAUAAAUAACGAUACUGUCAUUUUUUAUACAAUUAUUGCCGAUGGACAACAAAUUAAAGAAUCAUCACCGAAUGCUGAAUGGUCUAUAAAUGAACAGAAAUUAUGGUGGAAAGUUCCAUACGUUAAUAAUGGAGCAGGAAAUUUAUCAGCAACUGUAGUAACUGUACAAGCAGAAAUUGACGAAAAUGAUAAUGAUCAAAACGAACAACCUUUGACAACAUCAUCGAUUAUCAAUGCAUAUUUUAUUGGUGAAAAUGCACUUUUCUCAUCUAUUGAUUUUGAUCUUGCUUCUCGUGGUUAUCGAGUUUCAUUACUCAAAAAGAAAAUACUCAGUGGUAAAUAUCAAUCCGAACCAGAUCAAAGUGAACCAAUAAAUUUAUUUAAACGUCCAGCAUUAUCUGUCGAUAAUUAA